AUGUUUUUAUAUAUUCGACAGCAAUGCUAUCGAAUAUAUGAGAAACGUCGUCGUUUCCCCUGUGUAUUCGACAGCAAUGCUGUCGAAUAUACUUGACUUUAACCCCCCCUCCGCUUGUCUUUCCCCCAUUUCUUCUUCUUCCCCUGCGGCUGAUUUGGUUCAUUUUCUCCGGCCCUAUUCUUGCCGGUGCCGCCAGAUUUUGUCUUGUUGCCAUCGAGCCCCCUGCUGCUCUAAGUCGGAUUUGGUGUUUUUCAUAAUUGGGUGAAACGUAGUAUAUUUUGGGAAUUGCCAUACUGGAAGGAUUUAUUGAUUUGUCAUAACCUUGAUGUCAUGCAUUGUGGGAAGAAUUUUUUAGAUAACAUUAAAAAUAUUGUUAUGGAUGACAAGGGUUGUACAAAGGAUAACACCAAUGCUAGAUUGGAUUUACAACUGUAUUGCAAUAGAUCUGAAUUAGAAUUGAUACCUCAAGAUGAUGGAGCAAGAUGAUGGAACAGCUAUAAAACCCAAUGCUUUAUAUGUUCUUAGUCGAGAGCAACGAGCUCUUAUCUGUCAGUGGCUGAAGGAAUUGAGAUUCCCAGAUGGGUAUGCAUCCAACAUAGCACGAUGUGUUAACAUGCAGGAACUUCGAUUGUUUGGGAUGAAAAGUCAUGAUUGUCAUGUAUUCAUGCAGCGUCUCUUGCCAAUUGCUUUCCGUGAUUUCCUCAUAGAUGAAGUUUGGGGUCCCUUAACUGAGAUCAGUCAAGUAUUAGGUGGAGAAAUGCGUAUGCGUGCAUUGUCACCCAAAGAAUUAAAGGCAGCAGAACUUUAUGUUUUGCUUAAUUGUGAAGAAGUUAAUCCAUGGAUUGCGCUUUUUGAUUAUCAAGUAUGUUCCGGUUUAUCAGAGGAUCAAAUUCAAAUCAAAAGGCAACUUGAAUUUAUUCCUUGGUUUAAGACAACAGUGCGUAAUGGAAGAUAUGAGGUUGAUUCUCGCCUUUUGCCUUUAGUAACUGGCCCAGUCAAUAACGUUAGGCCGCGUGUUUCUGCUUCUGCUUCCCUUCCUCCCCCGACCCUCUGCACACGACGAGCCCCCCAACUACCGCCACCCAUUUUCCGGCCGGAAAUCCGGCAAAGCUUGGGGAUUUCUCCCUAUUUUCUUGUCUUAGAACACCUAGUAAACCCAAAAAUUCCCCCUCUUUGCUGGAAAUUCCAAAUCUGCGCUGUUUUCUUCCCUUUGUCCGUCGGCCUCUGCUUGUGUGGGUGUGAAUUCUCGGCUUUUCUGAAUUUCUUCUUCUCUGCCGCCGGCUUCUUCUUCCCCUGCUAGCUCCGGUUCUUGCUGGAAAAUUCUGGUUUUGAUCGUUCUGUCACCGUAGCACUUGGGUUAGCCUUCUGUUCUGUGCGAGUGAGGUAAGUAAAUUAUGGUAAAGCCCUUCGAUUUUAAGGCAUGUUUUCAAUUGUUUUUGAGAUGGUGGCAAGGUUUAAAUUGAUUUUAAAUUGAUUUUAUCGGCAUCUGAGUGUGAUUAAACUGAAAUGAGAAUUUGGAUGAUUUUCAUGAGAAUUUCCUUGUUUUUCUGAAAUUGAGCAUGAUUGGAAUGAAAAUGAGGAUUUUAU